GGAGCAUUAUCCUUACCCACCACAGGAAUCACAAUUUACUUUCUUCUUCCCUCUCUCAAGCCCCACCAUGUAGCUCUCACUGCAACAAUGCAAGAGAAAAUCCAUUUCUUCUCGAACCACAAAUCCUCAUUUCCUUACCCUUUCAGUCUCCACAAUUUUUCCUCUUCUCACCAUCAUUUUCCCUCACUUUCUUGCUCAAGAACUCUUCAUUUUCCCUCCCUUUCCUCCAAAACAAACACCGUUUCUAUCCCUCCCAAGCCCCCCAAAAUAACUGAAAUCCCCUCCUUAUCUGCACCUCUUAAUAACCCUCCUCCGCCUGCACCACCCAAUGCAGAUUUUCAAGAGAAAAUGCUUUACCUUGAUUCCAUAGGUAUCGACAUAUUUUCCCUCGUCGACCACCAUCGUCCGAUCAUUCUCUCUGCCUCCCUCGCUGAUAUAAAAUCCAUGGUCGAUUUAUUUCUCUCCAUGAAUUUCAACUCCCUGGAGUUCCGCCGGAUUGUUUCCAUGUGCCCAGAAAUCCUCGCCUCCAAUGCCUCCACCAUCCUUCCCGUCUUCACCUUCCUCCUCCGGGAAGCCCGUGUCAACGGCUUCGAUAUUAAGCGCGUCAUCAAUCGACGGCCCAGAUUGCUCGUCUCCAGCGUCAAGCAGCGGCUGCGUCCCACCCUGUACUUCCUCCAAAGCAUUGGCAUAGAAGAGUGUAGGAGGGUGAGCUUUGGUGCAGUAGCAGUUAGCAAGAUGACUCAUUGUGAGCAGAAGGGCAUCGAUGGAUUUAUGGUGACAACCCCUCUGCAAAAGGAGGGGGAAGCUGCAUUUCAUAGAUGAAUAACCAUUCAAAUUCACAAAACGGUGUAUAUAUAUUAGUUGCAUUUGUUUCUGCAGGCUAAGUACUGAUGGGUUAUUGUUGCUUAACUUUGUUUGAUUUAGGAGAACAAAAAAGUUUCUUUUUUCUGCAUAAUUUGCUAGUGAUGGUAAACUUACGAUUGCCUUUGAGAUUUGAAAUUACUCAAGUGAAAUGCAUAGUCAGUGCUGGCACAGCAGCCACACUGGUCCUGUGUUUGUUGGAAAGAGAUAGAAAGAGAAAAGAGAGGAGAUUGAUAAAGAAAAGGGUAGGAGGAAGAGGAACCUAUCACUAUUAAGUUAUGUGGUUUAGUUGUUGGUUUGUGUUGAUUUUCAUCUUUGGUAAUUGAUGAUUUCUGCUAGUACUCAAAAAGUACAUUUUCUUAAUGUUUCUGGCAUCUAGUGUUUCAAAGCUAAAACCACUUUUGUUCUUAUUUUCUACAUAUCACAGAUAAUUGAAGUUCCAUCAGGCUUUUGUCUUUUACAAGUCAGAUUGUGAUCCUGUGUAACAUUUCCUCUCUCUUUUUCCACUCUUUUUGAUACAUAACUGUAGAAUUCUGUGUUAUUAAGCUUUAAAGUAUCUGGUGUCCUGAAUGCGGAUCGAUACUUUGGUAUCUUGUUUCUUGUUCAUCUGCUAGUGCAACUUGCUAGUGUGAAAGUUGGACUGAACAAAUUUUUACAGGAUCAAUUGGCUCGACUGAAGUCCAGUUUUUUUAAGCA